AACAAGGAUAAAAGAGGAACCUGAUCACGAAUUCUCUUUGCCGUAUAAGCGCUACAAAAUCAGUUCUCUGUCGCUCUCUCUCUCUGUCUCCAAUAAGCUUACUGUGCGAUCAACAAGGAGCAAAAUCGAAUCUGAUCAGGAGUUCUCUUUUCCAAUCUCUCUUUCCUCCAGUCUCUCAGUUUCUUUAUUUGUAUUUUUUUUUCACUUUUUUUAAAAUUGAUUUGGUGAUUGUGCAGAAUUGGCUUUCUUUUAUUUUUCCUUUUAAUUUGUCCAUUUCAUUCUGUGUUUUCCGUCUAUAUCUCUUUCAAUCUUUCUCAGAAUUGAGUUUCUUUUUAUAGUUUCUAUUUCAUUCUCUGUUUUUCAUCUAUAUCUCUUUCUUUCUGAGAAUUGCGUUUAUUUUGUUAUUCCUUUUAGUUUCUGUCUUUCAUUCUGUGUUUUUCAUCUACAUAUCUAUCUAUUUGAGUUUCACGCAGGAGCAAUGAAUUCUUCAACGUCGAGAAAUCAUCUUGAGGAACUUGUUUGGAAAAGAAAGUCAAGAGAAAACUUCGAUAGAUUCAUUCCAAAUAGGUCAGCUAUGGAUUUCGAUUACGCACGGACAAUGUUGACGGGGAGGAAAGGCAAAGAAAACGCAGCAGCUGCAUGUUCUCCUGAAAAGAAUGCUUACCAGAGGCGUCUGGCGGAGGUGUUUAAUAUGAAUGGGAGACGGAUCUUGGCAUUCAAGAACAAGCCACCAGUACCAAUAGAUUUGUUUGCAGACAAGAUGGUUAUGUCUUUUCAUCAUUCUAAACCCAUAAAGCCUCAUCGACAGAUUCCUCAGAGGCCAACAAGAACACUUGAUGCUCCUGAUCUUGUGGAUAAUUUUUAUCUGAAUUUGCUAGACUGGAGCAUUAACAAUGUGAUAGUAAUUGCUCUGGGUUGCACAAUAUAUUUGUGGAAUGCUUCAGAUAGUUCUAUCUUUGAACUCGUGACAUUUGAUGAAGAAGAUGGUCCAGUUACAAGUGUUAGCUGGGCUCCUGAUGGUCAGCAUAUUGCAAUUGCUCUUAGUAAUUCUGAUGUUGAACUGUGGGAUAGCAUCUCGAACCGAAAGCUGAGAACACUGUCAGGUGGUCGUUGGUCUCAAGUAAAUUCUUUGGCUUGGAACCAGCACAUACUUACGACCGGAGGAAUGGAUGGUAAAAUCAUAAACAACGAUGUUAGAAUAAGAGAAAACAUUGUUGGAACAUAUGUGUGACACCAACAACAGAUCUGUGGAUUAAAAUGGUCAGCCUCUGGCCAAAAAUUAGCAAGUGGAGGAAAUGAUAAUCUUGUAUUUAUUUGGGACCAGUCUAACCCUCUAUGAUUCUCCGAGACAGUGGCUUCACAAAUUGAGGUCACAG